AUGUCUAGAUCACCGUCAUUAGGCUCAAGAUCCUAUAAUUCUGUGCUUGACUUCAAAUCAAACACGCCCACGCCUACAGGCUUAUCUUCGAAUAAACCACUCCUCCAGAAAGGUUGGGUAGUGCAGAAAUUUGGUGGUACUUCAGUGGGUAAGUUUGCUAGAGAGAUUGUUGAUGACAUUGUCAAGGACUUUGUCAAGCUGAAUCAAGUUGCUGUAGUUUGUUCGGCAAGAUCAUCCAAGACCAAAAGUGAAGGUACCACAUCACGAUUGAUUAGAUCAGCGGAUUUGGCUGCUGACCAUGAGGAUUACGGUGCUCUUUUGGACAUUAUUGAGAAAGAUCACAUCGACAAUUGCGGAAGUUUGAUUCUGCUGGAUGCAAUCAAACUGCAAUUAGUGGAGGACAUCAAAUCGGAAAUCAGACAUGGUCGUGAAUUGCUUCAUGCAUGUCAAAUCAUUGGAGAAAUUAGCCCUAGAUCAUUGGAUUCAGUGAUGUCCAUUGGUGAGAAAUUGUCAUGUAUCUUUAUGACUGCAUUAAUGAAGGACCACGGACUAAAAGCUGUAUAUAUUGACUUGUCGGACUUGAUUCCAUUGAGUUAUGACUUUACAGAUGGGUUCAAUGACGAGUUUUAUAAGUACAUGGCGAGGGAAAUUGGAUCUAGAAUAAAUCAAGCUACUGAGGGAGAAGAUGAUGUCAUUCCUGUCAUUACUGGAUACUUUGGUGUUGUUCCCGGUGGUUUACUUAAUGGAGUUGGAAGAGGAUACACCGACUUGUGUGCAGCUUUAGCAGCCGUUGGUGUUCAAGCAGACGAGUUGCAAAUAUGGAAAGAAGUUGAUGGAAUCUUUACAGCAGAUCCAAGAAAAGUGCCAAAUGCUAGAUUAUUGGAUAGUGUUACUCCAGAAGAGGCAGCAGAGUUGACAUACUAUGGAAGUGAAGUCAUACACCCUUUCACUAUGGAACAAGUUAUUAAAGCCAAAAUUCCCAUUAGAAUCAAAAACGUCAUCAAUCCCCAUGGCAAAGGUACAAUCAUUUAUCCUGAUAAUAUUGCUAGACGUGGUGAGGCCACCCCACCCCAUCCACCUGCUGCUUAUGAGACUUUGCCUGUUAGUUAUAUCACAUCACACAAGAGAAGAUCGGCGACAGCCAUCACCGCAAAACAAGACAUUGUCGUUGUCAAUGUCCAUUCGAAUAAAAAAACAUUGAGUCAUGGGUUUCUUGCUCAUCUUUUCACAACUUUGGACAAGUAUAAGUUAGUGGUUGAUUUGAUUUCCACUUCAGAAGUUCACGUAUCCAUGGCUCUUUCAGUUCAAAUAGAUCAAGAGCAUCAACUCAAACAUGCAUUGUUUGAGUUGAGCAAGAUGGGUACGGUGGAUGUGACAAGAAAAAUGACUAUUGUGUCUCUCGUUGGCAAACAAAUGGUGAAUUUCAUUGGCAUUGCAGGAAACAUGUUUAAAGUGUUGGCUGAUGAAAAGAUAAACAUUGAAAUGAUUAGUCAAGGAGCAAACGAGAUAAAUAUAAGUGCAGUCAUCAAUGAAAAGGAUACGCUAAGAGCAUUGCAAUCUAUACAUGCCAAAUUAUUGGAAGGGAAUUAUGUAUAUGAGGAAUCAGCAAGCGCAUCCGCGGUCGAUAUACGAUUAGAAGCACUCAAGUUUGGAGAAUAA